CACAAUUCUACCCCAACACCACCACAAAACAACCCCCAAUUGAACCUGUACAAAACUAACCCCAACAAUCACUCCAUCCUCUCACAUAAUACACGAUGACAAGCACCGCCCCCAAGAUGACCGCGGACGAAACACUCGCGCACGUCCAAACCGUCAGCGCCACCCAGCGCGCCAACAGCGCCAUCUACGCCCACCUCCUGGCGGACCUGACCAUCACCGCCGCCACCGAGGGCCACCUCCUCGCGACCAUCCGCAUCGCCAAGCCCCACAUCAACUCCAAGGGCGGGCUGCACGGGACCAUGUCUGCCUGCCUCGUCGACUGGGCCGCGGGGAUGGUCAUCGCCACCUACGGCGGCAGCUACACCGGGGUGAGCACGGAUCUGCAUGUCUCGUACGUCGCCUCAGCCAAGGAAGGGGAGGUGUUGGAGGUGACCGGGCGGGCGAUGAAGGUCGGCGGGACGAUGGCCUACGUCUCGGUGGAGAUCUGUAAGGUCGUGCCGGACGAGACGAGCGGCGGGGAGAAGCGGGUGGUGGUGGCGACGGGGCUGCAUACUAAGUUUGUGAAGCAGCGGUGAUGGUUUGUUGUUGACUUCUAGGAGUUAACGCCAUGCUCUGGGUGGAAGUUCAAUGCAUGUAGAUGUGGAUUUUGAUGAAUGGGUCACUUUUAGCGAGAUUCUUCCCUCGUGGGUGGACUGUAUGUAGUAUGGAUACGGGUGG